AUGGCCACAAACGGGCAGGGGCACCCCCGGAUUACAGCCGGCUGCCGGCUGCUCCUGCUGACUCUCCUGGUCUUGAGUUUUUCCUGUGAAGCCUGCAAAAGAGCGAUACUUUCUGUUCCUUCUAAACUCGAAGCUGAGACUUUUGUUGGUAGAGUUAAUCUAGAUGAAUGCCUUCCAUCUGCAAACAUAAUCCAUUCAAGUGAUCCUCACUUCAGAAUUUUCAAAGAUGGUUCGGUUUAUACAACUGAUACUGUUGUGUUGUCUCCUGAGAAGGGAACUUUUACUAUUCUGCUUUCCAACACACAGACAAGAGAACAGAAGAAUCUAGUUGUCUUACUAGAAUAUCAAAAGAAGGUACUGAAGAAAAGACAUUUGAGAGAAACAGUCCUUAAGCGUGCCAAGAGAAGAUGGGCUCCUAUCCCUUGUUCAUUGAUGGAGAACUCAUUAGGUCCUUUUCCCAUGCUUCUUCAACAGGUGCAGUCUGACUCCGCACAGAAUUACACAGUCUAUUAUUCAAUAAGAGGGCCUGGAGUUGAUCAAGAACCUUUAAAUUUGUUUUACAUAGAGAGAGAUACUGGGAACCUCUUUGUCACUCGCCCUGUGGAUCGUGAGAAAUGCUCAUCUUAUGGGAUAAUUGCCUAUGCAUCAACUCCAGAUGGUUAUUCUGUAGACCUUCCACUUCCCCUUGAAAUCAGAGUUGAAGAUGAAAAUGACAAUGACCCAAUUUUCACCGAAAACCCUUAUCAAUUUGAAGUUCUUGAAAAUUGUGGACCUGGUACAACAGUGGGUCAAGUCUGUGCCACAGACGAUGAUGAACCUGACACGAUGCAUACUCGUCUGAAGUACACCAUUAUAGAGCAGCAGCCACCAUCACCUACAUUAUUUUCUAUACACCCAGUCACAGGUGUGAUCACUACAACAUCAUCUCGGUGUGACAGAGAGCUUGUGGACAAAUACAAAUUGACACUAAAAGUACAAGAUAUGAAUGGUCAACCUUUUGGUCGGUUCACUAAGUCAACUUGCAUUAUUUCAAUUGGAGAUGCGAAUGACAACUUGCCGAUUUUUACAAGAAGCUCUUAUGUGACAGAAGUAGAGGAAAAUAAAAACAAUGUGGAAAUACUUCGAUUAAGUGUAGAAGACAAAGAUUUGAUUAACACUCCUAAUUGGAGGGCUAAUUACACCAUUUUAAAGGGUAAUGAAAAUGAAAAUUUCCACAUUGUGACAGACCCCAAAACCAAUGAAGGAAUUCUUUGUGUUGUUAAGGGAUUGAAUUAUGAGGAAGCACGUCAAGUGGUCCUGCAAAUUGGUGUAACUAAUCAGGCUCCAUUUUCUGGAUCUGGUAGUUCAAAGACAACAAGCAUGAGCACGGCUACAGUUACUGUUAAUGUUAGAGAUCAAGAUGAAGGGCCUGAAUGCAGCCCUCAAAUGCAGACUGUUCAUGUGAAAGAAAACACAGCAACGGGGACACAGGUCAAUGGUUAUAAAGCCUAUGACCCAGAAACUAGAAGCAAUAGUGGCAUAAGGUAUCAAGCAUUAAAUGAUCCAAGAGGAUUGUUCACAGUUGAUGAAAGAUCAGGUUCAAUCAAAAUUCUUAGAAGUUUAGAUAGAGAGUCAAGUACCUUCAGACAAGGCCUAUAUAAUAUUACAGUACGAGCAACAGACAACGAUGGGAGAACAUGUACUGGUACCCUGAGAGUUGCCGUUGAUGAUGUGAAUGAUAAUGGUCCAUCCAUACCUCAGAGAAGAAUGACGAUCUGCAAAACGCAAAUGGGCUCAGCAGAGAUCGUUGCUGUAGAUCCUGAUGAACCUAUCAAUGGUCCACCAUUUGAAUUCACCUUGCCAAGCAGCAAUGAACGGGUUGGUGAAGGAACGUGGAGACUUAGCAAAAUUAAUGAUACUGCUACACGCAUAUCCUUCCGCAAUGAUCCUGCAUUUGGGUUAUAUGAAAUACCUAUCUCAGUUCGAGAUAGACUUGGCCUGUCUACAACCAAUGUAUUGACUGUUAAUUUAUGUGAUUGUGUUGUUCCAAGUGAAUGUAGAUCUCGUACGGCUCCAAUACGAGCUGCAAAUGAUGUAUCACUUGGAAAGUGGGCCAUCCUUGCCAUGAUACUGGGUGCAGCAUUACUGUCUUGUAUCCUAUUUACAUUAGUUUGUGGAGCUACUGGUUCUUCCUCUCAAACAAAAAAAACCUUCCCUGAUGAUUUGGCUCAGCAGAACCUUAUUGUAUCUAACACUGAAGCCCCUGGGGAUGACAGAGUGUAUUGCACAAAUGGAUUGACUACACAGAAUGUGGGCGGUGGUUGCACAUUGGUAACAGGAACAAAAAAUGGUCAAGAAAGCUUUGAAAUGACAAAAGGAGGGCAUCAGACUUUGGAAUCCUGUCGAGGAGGAGGACAUCACACCCUGGAUUCAUGCAGGGGAGGACACCACACCCUGGAUUCUUGUAGAGGAGGACAAGUUGAGGUGGACAACGGCAGAUACAAUUAUUCUGAAUGGCAGAAUUUUACUCAGCCCCGUCUUGGUGAAAAGGUGCAACUGUGUAAUCAGAAUGAAGAUCAGACCCACGCUCAAGACUAUGUCCUUACAUAUAACUAUGAAGGAAGAGGCUCUGCGGCUGGUUCUGUAGGGUGUUGCAGUGAGCGCCAUGAUGAAGAAGGGCUUGAAUUUUUAGAUCACUUGGAACCCAAAUUUAGGACUCUAGCAGAAACAUGCAUGAAGAGAUAGAUAACUGUCUGACAAUUCAGUACUGGGACUUGGAGUGGAGCUGUGUUUUUUCGUUUUUGUUUUUUU